AACUGUUUUACCAACUGUUACUAUCCUUUCACGUUGUUUUGGUACUGCUUUUUCAAGAAAUAAUGUUGUUAAGGGAUUUUAAAGAUAUUGCACCAACUUGGGCACUUUACAGAUUUUCUUAUUAAGGAAUAAACCACAAAUGUUGCGACUUCUUCUCAACUUUUUGUCGUACUAAUUUAGGUAUGCUUGACUUUGUCAGACUGAAGUAGGCCUACAUGCAGUUUCUUUGGGUUUUUUUUGUAUGUUGACUCGAUAGGCUACUUGUUUUUGUCUUCAAGGUAUUUUAUAUUACAUUUUCUAUGCAGCAGACAUGAUCACACACUUCUCGCCUGAUAAUGCCAAUGAUUGUUUCCUUUCCUGAGAACUUUGAAAUUAUUUUUUUUCAAAUGUAUUUUCCUCUUAUUUAUUGAGAUUUCUUCUUUAUUCUGUAAGAUUGAGCUUACAAUAAAAAUGAAUCAUAAAAAAAAAAGAAAUGGUGCAAUUUUGUACGUCUCUUCACCUGGAAAGCCAUUAACCGGCGUGGACUAUAUAUAUAUAUUUUUUUUUUUUUGUAUCAGCGGUCGCCUAGCAACGCUCCAAACAACCAGUUCUCGGUGGUGGGGGGGAAGCUAACAAGCUAACUUGCUCUGUCAGAGAGUUUGGAGCUUCACAAACUUUCCUCAAAAAAACAGAUGUAGCAUUAAGAAAAAAAAAAUGGAUCGAGAACUGACUGAAGAGGAACUGCAGGAUUUAUACGCGUGGAUAGACAAAAUCCCUCUUUCCCGGCCCAAAAGAAACAUCACCCGAGACUUCAGUGAUGGAGUGAUGGCUGCAGAGGUUGUCAAACAUUUCUUCCCAAAGCUUGUCGACCUGCACAACUAUAUUCCUGCAAACUCCACUCAGCAGAAGCUCAGUAACUGGAACCUUCUCAACAGGAAGGUGUUUUCCAAGCUGAACUUUCUGGUGCCAGAGGAGACAGGGAGGAGGAUUGUACUGAGCACUGCAGGAGUGAUAGAGCCUGUACUGAGCGCCCUCAGGGACAAGAUAGACAAGAAACUGGAGCACCCUGCAGAGAAUGUGCUUAUCUGUAAUGAUUUGGAAUACUAUGACCACAAGAACCAGGACAAACAUCAUACAGAAAUCUGUCAGAAUGAAGCUAAGCUCCUUGCUCAGCUGGCCGUAGAGGAGAGGAAAAACGAUGGAAAGAGCAAAAUAAAGAACGGUAAACCACAGCAAACAGCACAGUUUUACCCAAACAUGGACCCAGCUCUACGGCUAAUCCUGCAGGAAAAAGAGAACGCUGUCUUGGCUUUGCAGGAGACAGUGGAGAUCUUACAGAUGAAAGUGAACCGGUUGGAGCAUCUAGUUCACCUGAAGGACACGAGGAUAGAAGAUCUGAUCCGACAUUUGGAGACGUAUAAAGGAAAAGGCAAAGCGCAGUGAUACACAAUAAACAAUACAAACAAACACACCGAUAACUGGCGCUCUGAGAUUCGACUCCAAUAAACUCUUUGAUUUAAAAUAAAACAUUUGUCGAGGAAAAGAUUCAGAUUAUUUAAUCUUUAGAUCAUUUGCAAAUGCAAGGACAGUGUUUGGUCUGGGGUUUAUUUAUUUACUUCAUGUUUCAAAAUGUGACACAAUCUCAUCGUUUAUAGAAUAAAAUAAUGACCUGCAGGUAUUGCAAAGUGUGUUCAUGUGUGUAAAUAUCUUCCCUGAAGAUGCUAGAUUACAUGGUUGUCGCCCUGUUUUAUUUAAAUUCACUUUUUAUUGUGAGGAGUGAGUUUUUUUUUAAUAGUGUUUGUGUCUCAACAGACUUAUUGGACCUUCUGCCAAGUGCUUAAUAACCUACAAAACACUUCCAUUAUCCACAUUGUCAUUUUAAAUAUCGAGUUACGCAGAGUAAAUUUGUAUAGAAUGGAAAUUAACCGACUUCUGCAAAUAAAAUGACGUGCAGCAA